UAAGGCUGUCACUAAUCAAUCCUGCAUACAGCAGGGAUACAGCAACACAUAAAAGGAGCCAGACUAGCGAAAUCCUUCAGCCAGGGAAGACAGGCUUCAGGGAGGUGUAUCUCCAUGGAGAAAUCCACUGACAAGCCAAACAAGGAAGAGGGACGGCCGGCUCUGCGAGUGCUGCAGGCUGAGGAGGACGGUCCCGCACCUGCGGCAGGAGGUGCUGCAGAAAUGAGCAGGGCAGGACUCCUAACACAGAACACAAACCAAGGGAUGAGAGUGGGAUUCACGGAAGAGCGUAUUAAAGAAAUGGAGAGACCUUUAGGCACAGAGCAAGACAGUCACGCUGCCUUCAAACCAGCAAUUUUGGAAGGAGACUGUCCACACUCAAAGCCUCUUGUUGUGCCAACAAACACAGACUGUCCCAAAACGUGCACACUGGAAAUGAACCACCAGUGUUCAACCACAUCCGUGGACUGGGAUUGCCUGAUCUGCUUCAACAAGUACAACAUCUACAGAGUCCCAAAGCUCCUGGACUGCCAGCAUGCCUUCUGCGCCGUCUGCCUCAAGCUUAUUCUCAGGAAAGUGGAGAACACCUGGAUCAUCACCUGCCCUCUGUGCAGAAAACCCACCUUUGUGUCAGAAGGGCUCAUCCGCACACUCCAGAAUAAAGAAGACAUUCUGGAGCAGUUGGAAAACCUUGAGUCAAAUCCAGAGGUGCACAUCCCUGCCAUGGGGCUGGACUGCAAGAGCUGGACUCAGAGCAGCCCAGACAUUUUAAACACAGAGGAGAAUGUUCCAGCAGACACCAGCCUGGCUGUGCAGAGACUUGUGCUGCUGCUGCUGCUCGGGGUGAUCCUCGCCAUCCUCAUCCUGCCCUUUAUGUACUUGGGGAGGGUCAAAUGGGUAAUUUGUCUCCUGCUUACUCUGGGGUUGGUCAUGUCUAUGGUACUUUGCUGCACUCCUAAAUUCCACUGGAGGUGCAAAAGGGACUCGCCCGCCUCCUGUGACAAGGAGAGCCACGUCGUUACUGUUGCUUGAAACAAUCAAUUAACGAGUGUGUCCCAGAGGUAAUGGACUGGCCCUGCCUGCAGAGCUGCAGGUUGGGCAUGCCAGUGAAUUAUGGACUUAAAAACAAUUAUUCACAGAAUAAAUUCAGCAGCUUGCUAGGCUGGCUCAAUGCCAAGGCACAGUGUUGUUAAAUCUCAUUACUGGAAACAAAAGUCAACUAUUUAUAUGUUGAUAUUUAUGUGUUUUCAAUAGGAUUUUUAUCCCAGGCUAAAAAUUCCGUUGGUUUGCUUUUGCCACUUUGUUCUUGUCCAUGUCCUCUCCUGUUCAGCCCUGCAGGAUGUUAUCUGGAACACUCAGGAGGUAAUGUCCUGGAACAGCCCGUGGUUGUGUUUUCCUGCUCUCUGAACACAAGUACACCUUUUCUCAGGACAAAGUCGGGAAAUCAGGCUGCUAAAUCAGGGAGUGGGUGUUUGGAAGAGAGUAGCUUUAACCCAGAUUACUACCUUAAUCCCUAUCCCUGCCCAAGGGUUGCUGGCAGGGAUGGGACAGGGAUUGGGAAAGGGGGAUGUCAGUUGGUGCCACCUGAAGUUACACCCAAAAUCAUGAGAGGAAGAGGCAAAACCAACACUCCUAAUAUUGAUCUGUGGCUUCCGAAGGGCAAAAAAACCUUGCGAUCCUCCCAAUUCCCCACAUAAAUAGUUCCUCUCACCUGAAUUCCUUUAUCUGGAUCCCUGCACCACCUCUUUUCUUGCCCCCUCUUACAUGAAAUACCACAUUGCCCCUCGAGAUGCUCACAGAGAUAAACAGAAAUCCAG